AGCCUUUAUAUAUAAGCUUGAGCAAUCCUUGCCCAGACAUAUCCUGAGCUAAAGGUCUUUACUACAACUGUCUGGUUAAUAACAGUGAUGGCAGCUUUUAACGUUGCGAUGCAGGAGGAUGUCCUGUCCGUGUUGCCUAGGAGUACCCUGGUUGUCAGUGGCCCUGGUAGGGGAGCGUGUAGGAGCCUAUUUGGACCCAUUGAUCACGAUGAGCUUAGGUCUGAGUUGAAGAGACAGCUAAAAGAGAUUCAGGCAACCGACUGUCAACGUUGGAACUUCGAUUUUGAGGCUGGCACACCUUUGAAGGGCACCUUCUCCUGGGAGCCCUUAGAGAGCAAGGAGAUGCCCAGCUUUUAUAGGGAAAGCAGGCUAUGCCCUGUCAUCUCUGUGCCUACACCGCUGUCAACAGCUAGACAGGCAGAAGCCAAGGAAGACAGCCCAGCAGAUGCCGUGCACAGACUGGGCAACCUGUGCAGCUUGAAGGAAAAUGCAGAGAAAGUCAUUAGACGGUGCCAGGGAGUUAAAGGGCCAAGCAAAACAUCUGCCACUACCACUUCCCUGCAUAGGAAGCGAGAAACCACCACUGCCAUCACCGACUAUUUCCCUAAAAGAAAAAGAACACUUUGUGCAAAGAGUGACACCACCACCACCACCACAAAGAGUACUUUCCCCCUGUGCACUUUGGAACAGACCCCUAGGAAAAAAAUCCGGUGAACUUCUGGUCAGUAAGACUAGAGGAUCCGGUUUAAAAAAACCUCUCCAUACCCCCUUGUGAAGGAUACGUCAAGGCUAAAAGUUUUGGAGAAGGACUGUUCUGUAAAAGCAGAGAUUCUGGGGUCACUGCUUUGUGCGUAAAGAACUACGCACAAUCUGGAAUGAGGAUUUGUCAAACAUGCCCUGGCUUUAAAGCCACCAAGUCUACAUUUGGAAGUCUACUCCAGUAAUUCCCUGCUCAGAUCAUAUGCUUUAUAUAGAGGGAGCUGAGCUGGCAGGGUGGUGCACCCUUCUGUUUUAAGGAAACAUCUAAUGGAUCUGUAGCUUGUACCUAUAGACAUGUACAAAUGUAUGUAGCAUUUUUUUGUAUGUAUAAUCCUUGUUUUUUUUGCACUGUUUAUAUAUUAUCCUGCUAUUGUUAAUAUGCCACCAUAUAUGUACAGCAAAAAUGUAACAUAAAGAUAAAAUAAGUUAUAUAUUUAUAUAACCUGUAUUGGAGAUAUCCAAUGUUAAGCCAUAAUACUGGCUUUGAAAACCAUUUAAAGAAUCUUAUAUGUAUGUGUCUCCUUUGGAGAGAAAAGUAUGUGUUCAUUAACUAUGCAUGUACAGUUUUUUUUUGUUUGUCUUUUUUUUGUAACUUGUACAAAACAAAUGUACAGAUUAUAAUGACAAGAGAAAGUAAAAUAUGACUUUUAUACCUUUA